AUGGCAACCCUCCGUGACACCCCCCGCCAGCCCCGGGAGGGCUACCUCAACUUGACUCGCCGCAUGGAGAAUGAAGAGCAGGACCAGUUUGAUGUCGAUCUGACCAUCCUCGACUUUCUCGUCUUCAAAGCCACCGGCCUCAUCUUCGAGUGGAAGUCAAGCAGUGACCCCUACCAUUCAGACCUUCCCAAUGCCCUAGUCAACAUGACUGCCGUAGAUUGGAGGGUCUUUCUUGGCCACCGGCACCAAGGCCGCUGUCUGGACCCCAAGGCCUCAUUUCGGUCGCGCCUGCUUCAGUUUGCUCUACUCUUCACCCACCGCCUGCACCACACCGAAACAUGGACCACCGAAGCAUCUCUCAACAGCCUGCGCGACCAAAACAAGAGCCGCGGCGAGUACUGGCGCCAGCGAACCCAGCACCCACCCGCACUCGAGCAACCUUUUGACCAGCACAAGGACUUUCCCCUUUCAGAUGGCGCUCUCUACGAAAACCGUUCCGAACUCGCAUCUGCCCUAAGGAUGCCCAUGGACCAACGAAGAUGGGUCACCGACGUCGCCAGCACCCCCUCUCUUCACUGUCUCCUCCCCGUCUUCAUCGAGCUGACCGCCGCCCGCGCCACCCUCGACGACACCUGGCUCCCCACCUCUAAAUGGUACGACCUAGCCGCCCAAUUCAUGCUACAAGCCGUCAUCGGCGAGUACCUCCGCAACGGCUCCUACGGCCCGGAAACCUUCAACACAAUCUUCUCCUAUGGCUGCCCCGGCGUCGAGCGCUGGGCCGACGAACCCACCGAUGUCUCCGCUAUGCGCAUCCUAUUCUGCGACCCGGAUAACCAGCGCCAAGAAAAUCGCGAGUGGACACGCAUCAAGCGCCGCUAUAUCGAUGAGUUGUUGCCCAAAGAUCGAGCCCAGUCGAGUCUUCAGGCCCUACAGGCCGCACAGCAGCGGUAUCCCUAUGCCGCGUUUGAACGGGCGUUGCUGGCGUUUUUGCAGAGUCUGCAUGAGGGGCUGGUCAAGCCUGAUCUUGCGCAGGUGGAAGAGGGGAGAAUCAAUAUCGAUGGGAGUGAGUUGUCAGAGGCUGAGUCGAGAGCCAUGAUUCGACGCAUGGGGUUAUGA